AUGCCACCCGCGCCUCCACGCAAGCCUGAGACAGGCGCGGCAAACAAGGAGGAGAACAUCUACAUCCCGUCUUUCAUCAGCAAAAGGCCCUUCUAUGCUGGAGAAGAAGGAGAUGAUAAUGAUUACCUUAAACAUCAGCGACGAGAGGAGAAGAAGGAAUCUUCGCAAUGGUACGAUCGAGGGCGAAAGUCUGGCCCGGCCGCAACAAAAUAUCGAAAAGGCGCUUGCGAAAACUGCGGCGCGAUGACACAUAAGGCCAAAGAUUGCCUCAGCCGUCCUAGGGCCAAGGGUGCCAAGUGGACUGGCAAAGACAUUCAAGCCGAUGAAGUUCUCCAAACUGUCAACUUGGGGUGGGAUGCCAAGCGAGACCGAUGGAACGGAUACGACUCGAAGGAAUACCGCAGCGUGGUGGAUGAAUUCAAUCAGAUGGAAGAGUUCCGAAAGCAGUCACAGAAGUCUCAAAACGGGGAAGAGGUUUCCGAGGAUGGCGACAAGUAUGCCGAGGAAAACGACAUGAGCAAACAUCAAAGCACAGCAACUCGCCAACUGAGAAUACGAGAAGAUACGGCCAAAUAUCUCCUGAAUCUCGAUUUGGAGUCUGCGAAAUAUGAUCCCAAGACGAGAUCAUUAGUUGACGGAGGAGCCACCGGUGGCAAAGCUGCAGAUCUCUUUGCUGAAGAAGGAUUUAUGCGAUCAUCAGGUGAGGCCAGUGAGUUCGAGAAAGCCCAAAGAUACGCUUGGGAAGCGCAAGAAAAGAGCGGCGACACAUCACAACAUUUACAAGCAAACCCUACCGCCGGUGCUUUUUACCGAAAAAUGGAGCAAGAAGAAGCAGAGAAAAAGCGCGCGGAGCGUGAGAGACAGCUCCGGGAGAAGUAUGGAGGAGAUGGCCAAAAACCCAUGCCUGCUGCCUUGCGCGGUAUGAUGGUCACCGAGUCGGAAUCGUAUGUAGAAUAUGAUGAAGCAGGCUUGAUCAAGGGAGCGCCGCGAAAGGCUGCCAAAUCCAAAUAUGCAGAGGAUGUACUGAUAAACAAUCAUACUGCUAUUUGGGGGAGUUGGUGGUCCAACUUCAAAUGGGGCUACGCAUGUUGCCACUCAUUUGUGAAAAACAGCUACUGUACUGGAGAAGAAGGCAAGGAGGCCUGGGAAGCAGCUGAACGACAAAGGAGUGGCGCAAAUUUAAUCGAAGCUCCGAAGGAGGAAAAAGAAGAUGAAGAGGCGAUCCAGAAGGAUCAAGAAGGAACAACGGCGAAGAAACGCAGCCGGGAGGAAAUGCUAAAUGGCAUCUCAGAAGCCGAAUUAGAUGAGUACCGGAGAAAGAGAGCGGCGGCAGAUGAUCCCAUGGCAAAAAUGCUGGGCAAAGACGAAUUAUUAAGCUAG